GCGGCGAGGCGUGCGCCCCGGGCCGUUCGCCCGCGGCGCCGGGCCACGGCGGCGGCGGCUCCGGCGCGGUGCGCCCCGCCUCCACCGCCGGCCUGGGCCGCACCUGGUCCGCGCCGGGCAGCCUCCCGCACGUGGCCGCCGCCCCCGCGGGCCGGGCCCGCGUCUCGUCGGCGCCGGGCGUGGCGCGCUCGGAGGCCGCGGCGGGUCAGGGCGCGUGGCGCGGCCGCGGCGGCUGGGCGCAGGAGCCCCAGGGCACGGGCCGCGGGUUGCAGCGUGGCCGCCAGUCCGCCGCACCGCCGAAGGCGGUGGCGUGGGCCGGCCGCUCGCAGGGGAGCGUGUUCUUCGUCGGGGCGGGCGCCUCGAAGGCCAACCUGAAGGAGGCAAGUCCAAUCCGUCUUGUUAAAAGCGAUGUCCUCCACACACCAACCUGGACCCACGACAUCAACGUCAGCGACAAGAGGCUGAAUGCGUUGGCCGCGGUGGAGCAGGACCGUGAGGUUGCCCGCCGUGAGAUAGCGGAGAUCGAGCGGACGUCUGAGACCCGCAAGAGGGAGCAGGACCAGGCCAUCUACGACCGCAUGCUGGAGAGGCUCUUUCACCCGGUCCCCACGCCCAAGAAGUUCUUGGUGCCGCCUUGCAAAGACGAGGACUUGCUCGCCACCCCCCAGAAGGAGCCUUGGGUCAAGCCUGGCAGAUCCAUCUUCACCCCAGUGGAGAAAUCCGAGAUCAUGAAGGUCUGCCUGAGGUUCACCUCCCUCAUCCGCCCCUACGCGCCCCUCGGGGAAGAGCCGGGCCCGCCCAUCAUGACGCGGCCCGCCAUGUGUUGCCUGCUCAUGGCCCUGAAGGCCUUCGGGGGCUGGGAGGGCCUGCAGUACCACCAGACCCUGGACGGCUUCGACAGCGUCUGUGGCCUCCACACCGCGAGGGGAUGCUCGAUGGCGGGCGGUGCAGUACGGGGCCUCCUCUUCGAGGAACAGCGGGGCGAGGUGGUGGUGGCCGUCACCGACCUGUUCGACACCAUGCUGCAAGAUGGCCGCCACGAGGACGAGCUCCAGGAUGCGAAGAGGGUGUUCUUCGACGAACAUCUGCCCGGGGCGCGCAGCUUCGCGGACCGACGCCUGCGCCAGCUCGCCCGGUGGCUCACCGCCGGCAAGGCCGUGGCCGAGAAGAGGGACGACGUGAUUGGCCAGCUGAGGGACCUGAAGAACCUCGAGGUCGCAUUGGAUAUCGAGAAGCAGGAGAAGCACUCGAAGGCGAGGCGCGGGAGCGGCGUGAGCAUGGUGAGCUCGCUCAUGAGCGUUCCCCAUGAGGAGGACUUCGGCGGAGAGUGGUGGGACACGGCCAGCAGCGCCAGGGCUUCGCAUACCCAGGAACUCAUGGACCACGUGAUGAGCCUCUCGGGCCCCUUGAAGCCGAGGAUCCGCACGAGGUCUUUGUUGAAGGAGCUUAACGAGAUCAAGGUGGUCGAGAGCGGGGCCGUGCGGAGGGUGCCCGCCGAGCGCCGCCCCACCAACGAGUCCGUCGCCCAGGCCGGUUCGGCGGACGGCCCGGACGGCUUGGCCUCUGCGCAGCUGAACGAGCAGGACAAGCUGUACGCCCACACCUUCGCAGUGUCCAAGUGCGAGUUCCUGUCCAUGACCCUGCUGGAGCCGGAGGUGAUGCACGACGUGUGGAUGUUCUGGGGCGUCUUCCGGAGGCUAUUCGAGUGCUACUGCGACGUGAAGACCGGCGUGCUCCGGAGGAGCCGGGGGGCGAAGGCCAACGGGCACAUGACGCGCAGCGCCUUCGUCCUCUUCUGCGUGGACUUCGGCCUGUUUCCUCACACAUAG